AUUUUCCUUUUUGAACCAGAGUGGCGGCACUGCUUCGGACAAGGGGAAAGCAGAGGUUUUUUCUCUACUGAUAGAGAGAGAAACUCGAAGCUACAGCGAGAAAGGGGUGAUUCAUUUUCAGCGAGAUUUCAAAGAGCACAUUAAGAAAUGGCCGAAGCCGAGGAUAUUCAGCCCCUUGUCUGCGACAAUGGAACCGGAAUGGUCAAGGCUGGAUUUGCGGGAGAUGAUGCCCCAAGGGCAGUGUUCCCUAGCAUUGUCGGGCGCCCUCGUCACACUGGUGUGAUGGUUGGCAUGGGCCAAAAGGAUGCUUACGUUGGUGACGAGGCUCAGUCCAAGAGAGGUAUUUUGACAUUGAAGUAUCCAAUUGAGCACGGGAUUGUCAGCAACUGGGAUGAUAUGGAGAAAAUAUGGCAUCACACAUUCUACAAUGAGCUUCGUGUGGCCCCAGAAGAGCAUCCGAUUCUCUUGACAGAGGCCCCUCUUAACCCCAAGGCCAAUCGUGAAAAGAUGACUCAGAUCAUGUUUGAGACAUUUAAUGCCCCUGCCAUGUACGUUGCCAUUCAGGCAGUUCUUUCCCUGUACGCCAGUGGUCGUACAACUGGUAUUGUUCUUGACUCUGGAGACGGUGUCAGCCAUACUGUCCCCAUCUAUGAAGGUUAUGCACUCCCUCAUGCUAUCCUCCGUCUUGACCUGGCUGGGCGUGAUCUGACCGACCACCUCAUGAAGAUAUUGACGGAGAGAGGCUACUCUUUCACCACCACUGCGGAGCGAGAAAUUGUAAGGGACAUCAAAGAGAAGUUGGCAUAUAUUGCUUUGGACUAUGAGCAAGAGAUCGAGACGUCCAAGACCAGCUCUGCUGUGGAGAAGAACUAUGAGCUUCCCGAUGGACAGGUCAUCACCAUUGGCGCUGAAAGAUUCCGGUGCCCUGAGGUCCUGUUCCAGCCAUCGAUGAUUGGAAUGGAAGCUGCUGGUAUUCAUGAGACCACUUACAACUCAAUCAUGAAGUGUGAUGUCGAUAUAAGGAAGGACCUAUACGGAAACAUUGUCCUCAGUGGUGGAUCGACCAUGUUCCCGGGCAUUGCUGACAGGAUGAGCAAGGAGAUCACCGCUCUAGCACCCAGCAGCAUGAAGAUCAAGGUGGUGGCUCCUCCCGAGAGGAAGUACAGUGUCUGGAUUGGAGGUUCCAUCUUGGCUUCUCUCAGCACAUUCCAACAGAUGUGGAUUGCCAAGGCAGAGUACGAUGAAUCUGGGCCAUCGAUCGUCCACAGAAAGUGCUUCUAAAGAGAUGAUCUUUGCUGGUGAUGAGAUUUGAGAUGCUGCUAUUUGCUUUUGCUUGUUAGUUUCUCGUGUUUUUUCCCCUCUGCUAUGAGCCUUUUAAAAUUAUAAGAUUUGAAGCCUUGGACAUGGCAAUGAAUUCAUUUUUUCCAUUUAUGUUAAUUUGUAGAAGAAUUUGUGUAUUUAUUAUAAUGUUUUGAGAUUUGGAUGAAAUCCCCCAUUUCACCCUUA